AUGUUUUCUAAUCUUAUAAAACAUUUUUCAUCAACAAUACGUAAUUGUCGAUUUGCAUCAUCAUCCUUACCAAAAUAUUCAACUAAUUUUUCAUAUCGACAACAUUUAGUGUCUGAUUUAUCGAAUAGUAAUCUAAUUGAUACAUCAGUAUCUCUUCAUGGAUGGUUACAAUAUCGUCGUAUGAACUCAUUUGGUGUUCUACGUGAUCAUUCAGGUCUUAUUCAAUUUAUUCUUCCAUCAUCAUUAAAACAAGAACGUCAAAUAUUAAAACAAACACCUGUUGAAUCAUGUGUACAUAUUCAAGGAAUACUUAAGAAACGUCCAGAAAAAGAUAUGAAUACAGAUAUGACAUUAGGUCAUCUUGAGAUUCAUGUCACUGAUUUUAAAGUAAUAAAUACUUGUUUACCUACAUUACCAGUUGAUCUAUCAAAAUUUCAUGAAUCAGAUGAAAUAACACGUUUAACAUAUCGUUAUUUAGAUUUUCGUCGUGAUAUAAUGCAAGAACGUAUUCGUUUUCGUUCAGUAUUUAUAUCAAAAGUACGAGACUUUUUAUUAAAACAUUCAUUUGUUGAUAUUGAAACUCCAUCAUUAUUUCGACGUACACCUGGUGGUGCGAGAGAAUUUUUAGUUCCAACUCAUAUACAAGGUGGUGGACUUUUUUAUGCAUUAACACAAAGUCCACAACAAUUUAAACAACUUUUAAUGAUGGGAGGAUUUGAUCGAUAUUUUCAAAUAGCAAAAUGUUUUCGAGAUGAAACAGGUCGUCAUGAUCGUCAACCUGAAUUUACUCAAAUUGAUUUAGAAUUAAGUUUUGUUUCACGUGAAAAUAUUUUUUCUUUAAUUGAACAACUAUUAACUGCUUGUUGGCCUGAUUCACUUGAUAAUAUUCCAUUUCCUCGUUUAACUUUUACUGAAUGUAUGUCUCGUUAUGGAACUGACAAACCUGAUACACGUUUUGCUCUUGAAAUUGAACAUACAUUUGAUAAACUCUACAUAACGUCACCUGUUUCUUUAAAGAAUAUUAAAAAUUUUCUUG